ACUGCUGCUUUUUUUGCACGGAGAGGAAAAUCAGUGGUGACCACGCUCUGCUGUGGCUCCACCACACCAUGAAGGCGGUUGUUACCUUCCUGCUCCUGCUUUUCAUAGCAACUCACGCUGAACACCGAGGUAGACCAUAUGUUCGGGACAAAGUCUGCCAAGAGUUCAAGACCAUGGGGAAGGAUGACUUCCGAACCAUGACCCUCAUAAUGAACAGCAGGAAAUUCUCCAAUGCCACCUUCAAGGAGAUCAGCCACCUCGUGCAUGAGAUUGUCUCACUGGCGGAGACCUGCUGUGCUGAUGGUGUUGACCCUUCCUGCUACGAUGCUGGGUCUUCAGCCCUGUCAGCCAAGUCCUGCAGCCCUGACUCGCCUUUCCCUGACCAUCCGGGUACAGCCGCCUGCUGUCUCCACCAAGGUCUGGAGCAGAAGCUGUGCCUGGCUGCCCUAGAGCACCCACCGCGCCAGCUGCCCCACUAUGUUGAGCUUUCCAAUGAGGAACUCUGUCAGGCGUUCAAGAAGGAUCCGAAGGACUUUGCUGACAGGUUCCUGCAUGAGUAUGUCAGUAGCUACAGCCAGGCGCCUUUGCCUGUGCUCUUGGGCUCCACCAGGAACUUCCUCUCCAUGGUCUCCACUUGCUGCAUAUCACCAUCGCCCACUGUCUGCUUCUUGAAGGAGAAACUGCAAAGAAAAACUCUUUCCCUACUCACUUUGAUGUCGAACAGAGCUUGCUCCCGCUUAACAGGAUAUGGGAAGGACAAAAUGAAGUUCAGCUACCUGACCAUGCUUGCCCAAAAGAUACCAAGUGCUUCAUUUGAGGACCUUUCUCCUCUGGCAGAGGAUGCAGCUGAGGUGUUCUCCCAGUGCUGUGACUCAGUGGCCGAAGACUGCAUUCAGCAGAAGUUGUCGGAGCACACCACAAAGAUCUGCACCACACUAUCAGCCAAAGACAAAAGGUUUGCUGACUGCUGUGCAGGAAAAAACAUCAUGCAAAACUACUUCUGCAUCUCUGCCUUGCAACCAGCUGUGGCCCCCAAACUGCCUGAGCUGCAGAAGCCAACCGACAAGCAAUUGUGUGAUGAUAAUGGGGCCCUCCACACUGGAAGGUACAUGUUUGAACUGGCACGGAGGCACACCAAUGUCCCUGAUGUCUUCCUUGGCAAGCUGUACGAUGCCUCUGAAAAUGUCAUCAGGGAGUGCUGCUCUGCCAAGGAUGCUUCAACCUGCCUUGACAGCAAGCGACAGCAAAUGGGAGCAGAGCUGCCUGCCUUCUUGGAAAAGGCCAACCAGCUCUGUGGACAGUACAAUGAGCUGAAUUUCCUUGACUUCAAGAAGAGGCUGAGAGACAGCAUUAGGCAGACCAUGCCAGAUGCUAGCCCCGAGCUGCUGACACAGCUGACAGACCAGAGAGCUGAUUUUGCCUCUACGUGCUGCCCAGCGAACUCACCACCACUUUACUGUGUUGCGCAGGUGACCGCAGAGCUGGCAAGUACUUGCAAGCAGGGUUCCUGCAUGCUGGUCUAGGUGUGGAACAGUGAAAAACAAGGUGAGGGGUCCAGCUGGAGGAUGCAAAAUGCUGCUGUUGUCUGGACCAGCUUGCAGCCCCCUUACUGAUACGUCACUGCAGCCACAAUAAACAUAUUUUAAAAAACA